CCACCCGCGCAGCCGCCACAACAGCUCCUCCACAAUCUCGGCAAUUACUCCCAGCAAUUGCAUUCAAUUGGUUUCUCUUCUGGGCGUUUUGGCCCAAAAACUGAUCUGGGUCACCUUCAAAUUCAUCAAAUUUCCACUAUUUGUAACCGAGUUGCUUCCAGAACUGGUCUUCGUCCUAUAAUCUGAUCUGGGUCGUUUCCAAAAUCGCAAAUUUCCAACACCAACGGCCUCAAUUGCUUCAAAUUUUGAUUUUUUGGCGCCGAUAAUUUAGUCUCGUUCUGCUACCCUGAAGCAUGGUUUCUCUGUCGAAUUCAGUGUUGUUUCCUCUGGCGACAUCCAGCGGCUUCACAUCCAAUGGUUUUUCUCGGCCCUUUCGAUUUGCAAGGACGAUCAAUUGGUAUAGUAGUGACAAGCAAAAGGAAGAGCCCAGAAACGUUUUGUGUGCUUGUAUGGCGCCUUCCCCGAACCUGCGGAGCGAAGAAUCCUUUGCUACAAAAUUUGAGGAUUCAUUUAAAUCAGAGGAUUUAAGUAGAGUUCGGGAGCCUGAGGGUGAUUCUGAUGUUCUGAUCGAGUGUAGAGACGUUUACAAAUCGUUUGGCGAGAAGCAUAUAUUGAGAGGUGUGAGCUUCAAGAUUAGGCAUGGCGAAGCUGUUGGAAUAAUUGGGCCUUCUGGCACCGGAAAAUCGACAGUUCUGAAGAUAAUGGCAGGGCUUCUUGCUCCUGACAAGGGAGAGGUGUACAUUCGAGGUCGAAAGAGAGUUGGUUUGAUCAGCGAUGAUGAGAUAUCUGGUCUUCGGAUUGGAUUGGUAUUUCAGAGCGCUGCACUUUUUGAUUCAUUGACUGUUUGUGAAAAUGUCGGUUUUCUUCUGUACGAAAAUUCGAGCAUGCCCGAGGAUCAAAUUGCAAAGCUUGUGACUGAAAGCUUGGCUGCAGUCGGGUUAAAGGGAGUUGAAGAUCGGUUACCUUCGGAGCUGUCUGGUGGAAUGAAGAAACGAGUUGCUCUGGCUCGAUCCAUAAUUUAUGAUACCACAAAGGAAGCGAUAGAGCCAGAGGUGCUUUUAUAUGAUGAGCCAACAGCUGGACUUGAUCCUAUUGCAUCUACUGUGGUAGAAGACCUCAUCCGCUCUGUUCAUACAAAAGGUCAGGAUGCAGUCGAGAAACCUGGGCAGAUCGCAUCUUAUGUUGUUGUUACUCACCAACAUAGUACCAUCAGACGAGCUGUUGACAGGUUGUUGUUUCUCUACGAGGGCGAGAUAGUCUGGCAAGGAAUGACUCAUGAAUUCACCACCUCAACAAAUCCAAUCGUUCAACAGUUUGCAUCCGGGAACUUGGACGGCCCGAUUAAAUAUUAGAACUCGUCCUUGGUAUGCAUAUUAGACAAGACAUAGUCCUUGAGGAGAAUGCUGGGAAAUGGGUCAGACGGUGGUUCUGCCUCCUUUCUCGUACUUCAUUGCAGUCAAUUAGAGCUCAUGCCAACAAUUCUCAGUGGCUAACAAAAAUCAUAUGCCCAUGAAUCUCUAGGCGUGCUUCUAAGUUAAGAAAGCCAUAUUCAGAAUUAGACAUGGCAAAAAGAUGUCAAGGUUGGCCGGGAUAUUUGCUCGUUCUUAUUUAUAACUAAUAACUUUCUUUGGGCAUUCCUCAUACGAGUUGAGGGGAUGAUAGGAGAGGUUCACAGCUGAUUUCAUCGUUGUAAUUCUGAUGAAAGAUUAAUACCGCGCACCUUUUUCGUAUCUUCUUAUCUUCUGAAUGAAAUCUUCAACUCUAAGGGAGCAAUAUGCCCGAAUAGAAACAUAUAUUUGAACAAA